AUGGUCGUUUCAACGGUUGUCAUUGUUGUUGGUGAUGUCAAAGACAGGACGGAAACGGCGACAGGCCCGACGCGCCGAGAUCUCGAUCUCGACGAUCUCAGAUCGUCGAGAUGCGGCAGAGGCUUGUCGGACAUGGCUAUGACCACUUGCGAUGACCUCCACCACCAGGCCAGUUUUAAGAUGAAGCACCAAGAUCAGACCUCACAACGGUUCCGGAGCCUCCAAACAGAAGCGAGCCGAGAAAGAGAUGUGUUCCGGCACCUGCAUCCUUGGACGCAUGAGUUUCGCUGCACCGCGCUGCAUCGCAAUGCAUUUCCCGGAGGCGCCAGCGGUGAGGCCAGCGCGCCGAUGACCAUGGCGGAAGCGGAGCCAUGUCCAGACACAGCAUUGAUCGCGUUCGCAUCAUUGGUAUGCCAUCGACUGGCAGCCCGACGGUGUUUUGUAAACCUCUUGUCCACUUCGUCCGAAUACAUCUUGGCCGAGGCGAGCAGGUCGACUUCCCUGCWGUACAAUAGUGUUGAAGACGUGGCAAAGGACACGCCAUGGCUAGGCACAUGUAGUUUCUUGAGGGAAGAAGGCAUGGCGAGCAGCGCAAUGGAUGGCUGGAGAAGGGCUCGAAGCGGGCGUGAAGCACCCACCGAGGAUGGCUAUUACUAUCAACAGGGCAUGUCGCCGCACUGGCACAUCAUCAGCGAUGUCAGAGGGAGUCAGCAGACCCACCACGGCUUUCUGCGAUGUAGUCCCUGGACCGUCCGCUUUUACGCCGCCGUUCCUUUACGCUCUGCCACAGGCUCUGUCCUGGGGUGCUUGACCAUAGUGGACGACGCACCUCGAUAUGGACUCAGUGCUGGCGAGCUGUCAUUCAUGGAGGACAUCUCAGACACAAUCUGUCAGCAUCUCGAUGCUGUCGUGGUACGCUCGCAACGCAGGCGUAGUGAACGCCUCAUCCAAAGUUUGGGACUGUUCAACAAUGGCAAGUCAAGUUUGCGUCAAUGGUGGCUAAAUCAGGAAACCUCACGAAUUGCCACUGCCGGUAGGCAUGCUAAACAGCGAACGGAGCAGGCGAGUAAGGACGCCGCGGACGCAGAGUUUGGAACCAACGUCUCAUCAUCGUCGUUGACGGGACCCUCCAGUGCUCACGACGAGGUAGCUUCGAACGUCGAUUCUGAUAGCGAAAUGGACAAAGGCGAUGGGGAUGGCGAUCCCGUUACGGCCACAGCUUCCACUCUACGUAACGAUGUCGCCGGCGUAGCUCGCAAAGAGGCCAAAGUGUCAACCCAGGAUUUUGGCGCAAGCAAGGACACACCACGCGCUCCAAUGUCGAAGCUUCUGCUGGAGCCCAGUUCGGGUCGACAUGGAAAGCGACGCAAAUUGAACAGCGGAAUGCCAGAUGGAUCCAAUUUCGAUCUGGAGGCUGCCAGUCGUCACACGUACUCGCGUGCCAGUCAACUAAUACGGCAAGCUCUUGGUGCAGAUGGCGUCGUGUUCUUGAAUGCAACCGCCGCCCAUAGCAAGAAGCGACAUGAUAUUGUUCCCAGUUUGAAGCAUGAGAGUAGUGACGCUAGCUCACAUUCCCAACCGCGAAGCUUAAGUGACAAUGAAACCUCAGAAGCAUCUGCAUCCUCCAACGACCGCCACUGUUUGAUCGAAGCCUUUUCUACCAGAGAUCUUUCUAGCCUCCACCAUGAAGACACUGCUUAUCGCUUCGACAUAUCGGAAUCUUUCCUCGCCUCCCUCAUACGCCGUAAUCCAAACGGCAAAAUAUUCAACUUUUGUCGAGACGGAGCAUGCUAUUCAAGUUCGGGCGAAGACAAUUCAGCUUCUGGAUCGAACUCCGAAUCCCACGCCAAAAAUUUCCGCACCCCAAGGGAUGGCAGGCGAUUGGGCAAAGUCAUGGUUGGUGCCAAGACGAUCGCGUUCUUUCCACUGUGGGACGAAGCUCAAGACAGAUGGUCUUCGGGAAUGUUUGUUUGGUGCACAACCCCUCUUCGCUUCUUCCAACCGGCAGAGGACAUCAUAUACCUUGCAUCCUGGAGCCAUUCGAUAAUCGCCGAGUUGGGUAGGUUGCAGACCUUGGCUGCAGACCGCGCCAAGUCGACCUUUAUUUCAAGCAUUUCACAUGAGCUCAGGACUCCAUUGCACGGCGUGUUGGCUAGCGUUGAGUUCCUAGAGGAGACUGAGCUUACAGCAUUUCAAGGAGAAAUGUCAAAUACAAUAGGUAUGGCCGGAAAAGCCCUGCUUGCUACGAUCGACAACGUGCUCGAUUACGCCAAAAUCUCGAGCUUCACCAGAGCGCAGAACAGGCAACGCCAGGGUGCGGAUGCUUUAAAUUACACCACCAACGAUUCCAAAGUCGACUCCGCCGAGAUGGGCGUUACGGCAAACGUAGACUUAGCGCUGCUUACCGAAGAGGUUGUCGAGACUGUCGUCAACGCUUACAGAUUUCGAAAAACACGCAUGGAAAGUCCUUCAGUACCAUCCGUUGCAAUUAACAUUGGGCGUCGCUCUAACUGGAUGGUGAAGAUUCAGCCCGGCAGUUGGACACGGAUAUUAAGUAACCUCGUGGGAAAUGCGUUGAAAUACACACCCGCAGGAUUGAUUGCAGUACGGCUAGACACAAGAGAGCACGUAACAGAUGGUUCUAGUAUUGAACACAUUCGACUGGAGGUCCAGGAUACUGGUAUAGGCAUGACACAGCAGUUCCAGAGGCAGCUAUACACUCCGUUCAAGCAGGCCAAUAGCCAUGCUUCAGGAACCGGCCUCGGCCUGUCUAUCGUGCGACGUAUCUGCAAAGAUAGUGGGGCACAUUUGAACAUUACCAGCAAGCUCGGCGAAGGAACAUGUGCCACAGUCGACCUUCAAGCACAUUUCAUCGCGGGGUCUGUGGCUUCUGCAGUUCCGAGUUUGAAGGUGGAUUGCUUCCAUUUGUUUACACCCACAAAAGAGGCUCACCUUUCUCCGCGAUCAGUAGCACCUAGUGUGGUGCAGGCGGCAAGGGACUGGCUGGACUGCGAGGUAUCCAAAGGACCGACGAGCGAUAAAGACGGAGGAUCAGUUGUAUACGCGAUCGCGGAGGAAGACUUGUCGACAUGGGCAAGCCAGGGUACCCCACGAUGGAAAGAGAAGACACCAUCACACGUCCUUGUGCUUGGUUCAAGCAUGCGUUCCGUUACUUUUGAAGCGCCCUCCCAAGAGCUUCCAUUCGUACCCUUAUUCGUACAUCAGCCGAUUGGUCCGCAAAAGCUUCUCCGAGCUAUCAGGAAUGAUCAAAGCUCGACGGGAAUGAUUUCGACACAUCCACGGCGUCAGACAGCUAGCUUGCUUGAGUAUGGAGCUGGUGCUGCUGACAGGCCUCCCAGUAUGGAUCGUAUGCCUGCAGAAUUCUUUCCUUGGAACAAGAAACCCCGACUCGGGCCGUUCUCGGCUGGACCGCCUAGUGUGCUCAACUCUGCUACCACGGAGCGCUCCAACUCGAUCGAUAGCACAGCAUGGCACGAGCAUACUGGAGGGAAUGGUGCUCGAGAUACAGUUCUCUUAGUCGAGGAUAACGAAGUGAACUUGAAGCUAUUGAUGGCUCUCAUGCGCAAACUCAAAUACAAUUUCCUCUGCGCUGUGAACGGUCGCGAGGCAGUGAACAUAUACCGCGACAGAGCGCCGUCAAUACUGCUUGUGCUGAUGGAUGUUAGCAUGCCGGUAAUGGAUGGACUUACCGCAACAGUCAAGAUACGCGAAACGGAACACAAGCGAAAGCUCCCGCGUUGUCACAUUGCAGCUCUCACUGGCGUUACAAGCGAGGACGCCCAGCAGCAGGCUUUCACAAGCGGGGUAGAUGAUUUCUACUCAAAGCCCGUUGGAAUGAAAGAAGUGAAGGAGUUGCUUAGGAAGUUGGAGGUCGGUAAUGACUCCAAACCAUGA